AUGGAAGCAACCCAGCCUCCGCCUCCCCGUUCUGCUCGGGCAAAUUUCUUCGUCAAGCUCUUUUUCUGGCACAAGUUCUUUGAAUCCGAUAGCCCGCCACGACUAGGCAUCGAGGUCAGGAAGCGAAUCCCCUACGCCACCAUGUCUGCAUUCACAACCGGAAUCGCGCUCGGGUAUUAUCAUGGCAGCAAAAAGACCGGCCUCCGGUUUCGCGCAGAAAAUGCACAUCGGUUUCCCACGACGUCGUCCGGGUGGUUCCAGUAUCACAAGACCAAGAACUAUGUUUCGGUGGUGGGAGGCGUCAAAGAUGGCAUGAGAAUGGGAUUCAAGCUGGGUGCUGGAACGCUCGCAUUCUGUCUGUUUGAGGAGACGGUGGAUUUCGCUCGGUAUGAUGAAAGGGACUUCCUGUCGACGGUCACUGCAGGACUGUCUUGCUCUGGGAUUUACAGCUUACUCGCCCGCCACGAUGUUUUCACCGCUGCUCGUACCGCAAAAUUUGGGCUCAAAAUGAGUCUGGUCUAUGGGCUGUUACAGGAUUCGCUGGAGACGAUGAAAGGGAACCGACCUGCCUAUGUGGAUUUUCUUAUGGGCAAUCCUCGGGCCAGGGUUGAGAAUGAAGAUUCCGUUUGA